CCCUUCUGAAUGUUCAAUCGAUAUUUGCACCAGUUAUCUCUUCCGGCGGAAAUUCACCCAAGCUGUUCUCUGUAAUUCGUCUGUCUUCAUCAGCUGGCUGCAGUGACGGCGGUGGAAUUCGGGGGAGUUCUCUUCUCCAGCCGCCGUUUCUGAUUAAAAUGCACGUUUUGAUAUCGGCGUCAGCUACCAAGCUCAGCUCCAAAUUUGUCUACUGGAAUCCUUUCUUUCAAGACGGUUCCUUAUCCAGAAUCCGCCUCCCCACAGGUUUGGGAGUGGAGAGAAAGAAACAUGAAAAGAAUAGGUUUGUUUCGCUAGUGGCGAAAUCCUAUACGAGCGUGGAGACGCAACAAGGGCCUCCUGGUAGAAUAGGGCCUAGAAAGGGAGGUAGGGAUUUUAUACUGAGCGAAGGGAGGGAUGAGGAUGAGAAGCAUGGCCCUAUUUGCCCUGGAUGUGGAGUGUUUAUGCAGGAUUGUGAUCAAAACCUACCUGGGUAUUUUAAACACAGGAGGGUCACUGCUGUUGAAUUAGAUGAAUUUGAGGAAGAUGUGGAGCUGGGUAUUGGAGAUUAUGCAGAAAGCUCCGAUUUUGAGGAAGAAGAAGAAGGAGGAGAGGGUGAAGAGUUGGUUGGUGGGGUCGAGUUGGAUGUGGACUAUGACGAACUUGAUGCAAUGUUGAAUGCUAAUGAGGAUGGUUUGGAUUUGGAUGGUUUCGUCCCGGCUGGUGUAGGGUACGGGAACAUAACUGAGGAGGUGGUAGAGACAGAAAUGAGAAGAAAGGAGCUGAAGAAGGUUUCCAAAGCAGAGAGGAAAAGGAAAGCCAGGGAAGCUCACAGGGACAAAGAUGAGGUCACCGUAUGUGCAAGGUGUCAUUCUCUCCGGAACUACGGUCAAGUGAAGAACCAGACGGCGGAGAAUUUGAUACCCGAUUUCGAUUUUGAUAGGUUGAUUUCAACCAGGUUGAUCAAGCCUACAGGGAAUUCCAACGCAAGUGUUGUGAUUAUGGUGGUUGAUUGUGUCGACUUCGAUGGCUCAUUCCCUAAACGAGCAGCCAAAUCCUUGUUUGAGGCACUAGAAGGAGCUAGAGCUGAUCUUAGAGCAAGCAAAAAGCUGCCUAAGCUUGUUCUGGUGGCUACAAAGGUUGAUCUCCUUCCAACACAAAUAUCACCCACUAGAUUGGACAAAUGGGUGAGACACCGUGCUAGGGCAGCUGGAGCACCUAAGUUGAGUGGGGUCUUUCUGGUUAGCUCACGUAAGGAUCUUGGCGUGAAGAACUUGCUGUCGUUUGUGAAGGAAUUGGGUGGUCCUCGUGGGAAUGUGUGGGUUAUUGGUGCUCAGAAUGCUGGUAAGUCUACACUGAUCAAUGCGCUUGCAAAGAAAGGAGGAGCUAAAGUUAGCAAGCUUACGGAGGCUCCUGUUCCUGGUACGACUCUCGGGAUUUUGAGGAUUGGGGGGAUUUUGUCAGCCAAAGCAAAGUUGUAUGAUACUCCAGGUCUUCUACAUCCGAACCUGAUGUCAAUGAGAUUGGACAGAGAUGAGCAGAAGAUGAUUGAGAUACGGAAGGAGUUGCAGCCUCGAACUUAUAGGGUAAAAGCUGGGAAUGCGAUUCAUAUGGGAGGCCUGGUGAGACUGGACCUUAACCAUGCUUCUGUAGACACAAUCUAUAUCACAGUUUGGGCAUCACCAAACAUGUCUCUUCACAUGGGAAAGUUGGAAAGUGCAGAUGAGUUCUACAGUAACCAUGUUGGUGUUCGGUUGCAGCCACCAGUGGGCAAAGAACGAGCGAGUGAGCUGGGGGAAUGGGAGACAAGGGAAGUCAAGGUUAGUGGCAGCAGCUGGGACACAAACAGCAUCGAUAUUUCAAUAGCUGGGUUAGGUUGGUUUUCGGUGGGUCUUAAAGGCGAAGCUACACUGACCCUGAGAACGUACGACGAGGUCGAGAUCACACUGAGAGAGCCAUUGGUUCUAGACCGAGCGCCUUUCCUGGAGAGGCCUGGGUUUUGGCUACCAAAGGCUAUAUCAGAUGCCGUUGGUAACCAGACGAGGGUUGAAGCCAAGAAGAGGAAACAACUCGAAGAAGAGCAGAGCUUGGAACUUGUUCAUGAGAUGGCUUCUUAGACCUCCCUGUUCAAGCAGCUGAUCUUCUUGAUACUGACAAGUUAAAAACUUGCUGCAUUGCCAUUUGUCAAAGAGGAGUUCGUCUCCGAAAUGUCCUUAGACAGCCGAGAUUCCUCGGCGAGUUCCUUUCACAGAGACAAUUGCAUUUGUCAGGAAAGAUACAGAGAGAAGGAUAAAGGAAGAGAAAAGGAUGUUGGGAGGGAAAACCACUCUAGGCAAUGACUUCCAAUCAGGUUGAUGGUCAAAUGGCUUCCAUUGGUUGAUCCAACUUCUGUUAGAAUAAGAAAAUGCAUAACUUAUGUAGUAGACAGCAGAUGUAAUGUAUCAUGUAUCUAUCAUUGAGAGUGGCCAGCACUUUCCUCUUUGUUUCUGUUUGCGGAGUCGUCGAUGAGCUGGGCCGUUCCCUGUGGGGUUUUGUAUUUUAAUGAUCAUAGGAUCCUACGACCGUCGACCGGCAUCCAAUGGGCCGUGCCAACCAACGCUGAAUUCAGUUUAUUCCUUCCUUCAUUUCCUCCCACUGCUGACACAAAAGGAAACGAAAGCAUAGCUGUAAGCUGCUGUUGCCUGCCCCAUGUGCCGGUCGCUACCGUUGGUGGCGGCAAAAAGACAUAAGAGAGUGCCAAAGUAACUAAUGAAAGCAAAAGUCGUGAACCCAUCAAUUGAUUUGAUUGAUUGAAUGGAUGGAACAACAAUGAAUGAUAUGCACUCAUUCUCGAAUGAAAUGCCAUUUCAUAGGGAGAGGAGGUAGGUAAGUCUGUCCGAGACUUGGCGAAACCAACACAGCUCAACUUUUGAAGAUUGCGUAGUGACUUUCGAGAUGCAAUGGUGUUGGACGAGGUACAAAAUACAUCGAGCUUGGGAGAGCGUCAACAUGGACUUCUUCAAGUAGAUCAUGGAUCCGUCAUGGUGUGUUCUUCCUGCAACAAUGCACAUCUUUCAUGGCUGUAUCACUGGACCUCAAGCCAUUGAGAUCACAGGAGGAAACCAAUGCGAUGAAAUGCCCUUCUUGAACAAGGUGGAGAAAAGGAGACUCAAAGAUGACAUUCUAAGCUGCUUUCCCGUUAAGGGUGGAAAUAACUUUACGUUUCCCAUUGCUAAAGAAAAUUUACAUUUUUUCCCUUCCUAUUACUUGUUUUGGCUCGUUAGAGUUUCCUUUUGGUCAAAGGGAACCAAAGACAACAACAGAAAGGGACCAGUACUGAUACAACAAAGAGACUUGCUGCUGCAAUGCCUCUUUACUCUAUACAGAAUACACCACGUUUAAAGUUUAAACCCAAACCCAGAAAGUUUAAAAAGCUACACCAAACUAAAUAGUCCUCUCCUUCUACUGACUGACAUUGCUGCUGAAACUGGUGGUUUGGGGACUCGAACAAAGACUUCAUUUCAUCAACAUUCAUCACCUUCUAAUAGCCGAAUUUCGAGCUCCCCACGGCUGCAGUGAUCCCUGCCCUGAAGCCUACAUCAAUCCUUGACGCUCCACCUCCAAUUCCAUACCCAUUUCCAUAGGAGGGUAGAGCUCGAGGCGAUCUCUUCUCCGUCUCAUACGACUCCACAAACUCGUCGAACUGAGCUUCGAAGGAAGAGAAAUCUUCCCCGACCACAUCGAGAUCGAACGUAUCGGGCAGCAAGCCGGCCACGUCAUAGUCCUCCUCAGCAACAUUGUUGAAGUAGCCUUCCUGUUCCUGGUGCUGGCUGAGCCAGUAGUCCUUGAACCAUGUUGUGGUCGUCACCAGCUGCCACCAUUCCGGGGAGAAGUCCUCCACUUGCCUGUAAGAAGCUGGGAUGAACAAAGGAGCAUCCGGGUUUAGUGUUGACCUUCCUCCUGAUACCACUGCUGCCAUGUUUGUUGUUUCUUCUCCUCAAGCUUCUUGUAAUCUCUUUGUCCUGGAAAACCAACAAUUCAAAGUUUGAAUCUUUACUUGGGAGUUGGGAACACAAUCCCAAACCCGAUUAUCAAAUUCAGACACCAACAAAUCACUGGAAAGCUCUCAAUUUCAAUAUCAAUCGAACCAUUUCCAUCUCCCAGAUCAGGUCAAAAGGAGAGAAUCUCAAUCCUAUCCCACUAAAAUCCAACCCCACCUAGUUUGAAACGUCUGGUACAAAUUCCAGCUCAAAAUUCAAAGUAUUUUCGUCCCCCGGACUACGAUGGCAGCUGAAAGAUCCACUAUUCAUCCAAAGCAAGAACUACGACCUAAAAAAAGGUCACAAUCGAACACCAGAAAUGAACAUCGCCGAAGAUCGGAGACCCUCGCGAUCAACCAACCGUUUGUUCAGCGAUAAAAUCACACGACCGGAAUUCCAGAAGAAUGGAUCACUCUCUCUAAUUCUCCCUUUCCCCUGUUCUCCGCAACCAAACAGAUGAUCGAAUCGAAUCCUCGAAACAAGGAGAGAUAAGGAGAGAAACUUAGAUCUGGUACCUGUUAAGUGAGCGCGAUGAUCAAAACCGACCGGCGACGAAGCAGCUGACUGGCCGGAGAAUGAGCAGGCGAUGAUGGGGUUCUUCGUCAAAUAAAGGUCCGCAAGCGAAUUU